AUGGUUUUAUUCCCAACUAUAAAUAGACUUGCAAAUCCUAACAAUGCAGGUGGGCUCACUGGUAGUAGAAGACGAAGGUUAUUUGUCCCACCAUCAACACAAUACCCACUUUUUAUAUACGGUGAUGGCGAUGACCAACGAUCUUUUUUGUCAAACAUAGAAGUUGGAUCACAAAUAUAUAGUCCAGAAGACGAACACAGCGAUGUUGCCAGCGUUAGCACUUCGCGGUCAUUGCCAUCGACCUUAAGUUCAGUGCAUACUGUUGAUGAUCAAGAGUCAUUCCACGACUGGUUGCAAGAAGAGCAUCAACGAAGAAUAUCUGCAGCAUCGUCGCCAGCAGGAAGUAGUGACGAAGACGAAUUUGAUGAUGAUUUGGAAUUGGGAAGAAGGCGAUCAAGUACCAUGCCUACUGUUGUUAGUCCUCAGGAAGACUUUCUUAAUCUAAAAACUGAUUAUACCAUAGAGUCAAAAAGCUUAUUUAAAAAUUCGUUUCCAUUAAUUUUAACAUUCAUUUUGGAACAUGUUUUUUCGAUUGUCUGUUUGGUUGUUGUGGGUAAAUUGGGUACAAAGCAGUUAGGAGCCGUGUCCUUGGCAACCAUGACCUCAACAAUCACAUUUGCUAUAUUUGAAGGAACAGCAACUGCGCUAGAUACGUUGUGUCCACAAGCUUACGGUGCAGGUAACUAUGAAUUGAUGAGCAUAUUUGUCCAAAGAUGUAAUGUUUUUUCAAUGAUUUUGUUUUUUCCGUGUGCUUUGUUUUGGUGGUUUUCUGGGCUGAUUUUGAAGUUCGUCAUUGAUGAUCCUGAAGUGGUUGAUUUAACACAAGAGUUUUUAAGGUACUUGAUAUUGGGGGCUCCGGGCUAUAUUCUUUUCGAAAACUCAAAGAGAUUUUUACAGGCACAGGGUAUAUUUGAAGCAGGUACCGGUAUCCUCUUUGUCAGUGCUCCGAUAAAUAUUGGACUUUCGUGGUUUCUUGUAUGGAAUGAGAAUUAUGGGAUUGGAUACAUUGGUGCGCCCAUAGCCACGGGGAUCAAUUUUUGGUUGAUGAUGAUAUUGUUGGUUCUUUAUGUCAGAUACAUUGAUGGAGGGAAAUGUUGGUUUGGGUUAGCAUCUACGGAAGAGCUUUUCAGUAACUGGAACCAAAUUAUUCAUUUGGCCCUACCUGGUAUCGUUAUGAUGGAAUCUGAAUAUAUGGCAUACGAAAUAAUGACUUUGUUUGCGUCGUACUUUGGGACAGUUCAAUUAGCAGCUCAGAGUGCUGUUUCCAGUAUUGCGUCACUCACAUAUAUGGUACCAUUUUCCGUUGGUAUUGCCGCCACGACCAGGAUUGCUAAUUUUAUUGGCGGGCAGAAUAUGGCAGGAGCUAUUUUAGCAACUAGAGUAGCCAUGGUGGCGGCCGUGAUUGUUUCCACUAUCAACUGUUUAUCUUUAUUUUCGUUCCGAUACGAGAUUGCUCGGAUUUUUUCCGAUGAUCCUGAAGUGAUUUCACUUAUCGUCGAUUUAUUGAACCCGUUGGUUAGUGUUUUACAAAUUUUUGAUGGUAUUGCCUCCGUCAAUAGUGGUAUAUUGAGAGCUCAAGGAUCACAAAAAAUCGGUGGCUAUAUAAAUUUCAUUGCAUAUUACGCAUUUGCAUUGCCCUUGGCUAUGGUUUUAAGUAAAAUUGUUGGUCUACAAGUAUUUGGAUUAUGGAUCGGUGUUGGCAGUGGAAUGGCUGUAAUUGCUUUGAGUGAAACUGCUGUCAUUAUGUUUAGUAAUUGGGAUGACAUAUUAAUGAAGGCAGGUAUAAUGAAUGAGUUUGGUUUUGAUGACACUGACGACGACGAUGAUGACGAUGAUAUAUUUUAG